AAAGGUAGUGCCGAUCAUGGUUAUGGUGACCUAAAAGACGAGGACGACGCUGUGGUUGCUGCUAAAAAUACUGCUGUUUACCACGCCAGUCGGGCCAAAAGCCUCGUGAGCGUACAUGCGGGACUAGAAACGGCAUUCCCACUGGCUAAGCACGUCGUUCUAGACAGACGCAACGCCUUUUGGCAGGUGCAUCUGGAUGAAGAGGAGAGGCUAGCGCGCAAAAAAGCGCGAUCAGUACAAAAUGCAAGCAAAGACGGAGUUUCACCUCCAUCUGGAAAAGUGGGAGAUAACGUUGAUGACGACGAUCUGUCGGAGCCGCACAAUGUAGAUGACGAGGUCGACGUCAAAGAUGACGACCCAGGAGCUGGAGAGUGGACAGCUCUUUUCGCUCGCAUUGCUAAGGAAGAGUCAGAUCGCCUCCAAGCGGAGGAACAUGACGAAGCUGAGAGAAAGCGCGAGCGAGAGGAAAGAGCCGCAAAGAGGCGUGAGGCCUUGCAGAAAUUAGCGGACGAAGAAGCUGCGAACGAGCUCGCACAAGCUGCGGAUAAGGUAGUGGAGUUGCAGCGACAGAAAAAGCUCGAUCGACAGCGUGAACAAGAGGAAGAGCGCGCACGAAUAGCGGUUGAAGAGACGAGUAUUGGUGAGGCGGCUAAUAUUAUGGCUAGAAGAGAUCCAUCUUCACAGGCAUCCUGAGACCGUUUUCAAGGGGGAAAUACGUCAAAGAUGACUUCCAAGAUGGAUUUCUCUUAGUUCUAAUAAUAGCACAACUGUGGGAGGACCGGGAGGAACACGAACAGGGACAGCACCAGCAGGUGCAGCAGGAUUGUCGGCCGCUUCUACCACUGCUUCUCAUGAAGGAAACACUAAAAGUGCCUUCUUUACGCCAGCCUUUGAUGCUGUUGGUGUGGUGGAUACUGAAUCUCCAAAAAAAGCCGAUGUUGUUGAUACCUCACAAGCACGCUCUUCAGAAAGUAACGACGCAUCAGCAGGAGGAACGGGUAUGCGGCUCGUGGAGACAGAAGAGCGACCUCCUGACACGGUUUUCGUGGUUGCAAAUCCUAACAGAAAUACAGCAAAUCCAAAAUCUGGUGAUGGUGAAGCUGUGCAUCGGAAAGACGUUUUGCCGGGACAGAAGUUGGUCAUCAUUCACGAGGACACUUCUACUCCAGAAGAGAGGAUGUUGAAGCGUGGAGAACAGUUGAGUAACGCUGCAAAUGGUGCGAAAUCACCUCUAUCGUCGGAUCACCAAGGAAAUGCCAAAGGAGACGAAGCCGCUACCGAAACCACAGGAGAACAGAACGUCGAGCCUAGCGAGAACGACUCAGACGGGCCAUAUGAAGCAUCGAUGCCAGUCGGAGUGCAACCUGGUGUUGUUCAUGUCCAGCAUGUGAAUGUAAAGUUGAACUCGCCGAUGCCGAAACGUGCAAGCGACAAGAGCCCGAAUGGUGCAAGCGACAAGAGUCCGACAGGUGACCUGGAGACAACUGUUGAUGGUACCACAGACGCCGCUGCUGGCACGGGGAACAAGGACGAAGAUGGUGAAGCAAAUGAACCGAUGUCGGAGAGUGCAUCACUGUAUGCUCAAGCUAGACGUUUGCUGGAAAAGGCGAAGCAGACGAAUAGGGAGCCUCGUAUUCACGGGCACGGAGGGCAACAUGGAGGGCACGGAACCGGCACUGGAGGAGCAUCGACAGGAGCUUCGACAGGAGGAGCGUCAACAUCUUUUUCAGGAACAACUCUUUCUUCUGCUUCAUCCAGCACUAGUGGUCCUGGUCAACAAACUAAAAAUUCGAGCACUUUGACCCAAAUGAAGGACAAAAUAGGUGGCUUAUUCGGACCUUUGUUAGCUGGAGGAAAUGUAUCCCAGCAGGGACAGAGUGCCGCUGGAGGUGCGUUGCAAACCUUGUUGCAACAGGAUCCAGACGCUGCGGCCGCCGCCAUAGAAAAGCGACUAGGUGAGCUCGUUGUAGACCCGAAAGUUAGCAGCUCCUCCAUUACGACUGCUCCAUUUUCACAACAAGGAAAGAACGCAAAUAGUAUCAAUUUAAGGCUUGGGAGUUGACAUCUCUAUGCGCGUCUCUAUGGCUAUCUCAAGUAAGAAAGCCCUAGAUAUGCGAGCUAGAGACGCCAACUUUCAACUUCUAAUCAAUGGAGGUACUAGCACUAGUGAUUCACGAGGUGGC